AUGGCGAGUACAGCGGUUGCGACUCCAGACUCCGCCCAGGAUAAAUCCAGUUGCAUUUAUUUAGUGACCUGGGUCAACGACCUGCUGAAGACCAACUUUAAAGAUGUGCAGGAGAUGGGUUCAGGUGCGUGUCACUGUCAGAUCAUGGACUUGGUUUUUCCUGGGUCUGUUGACAUGACCAAGGUGAAGUUUGAUGCACAAGGUGAGGAUGAGUGCAAGCACAACUUCAGUCUCCUCCAUGAGGCCUUCAGCAAGAAGGGUAUCACAAGGGCCAUUCCAGUUGAGGAGCUCAUAAAAGGGGAUUUUAAAAGCAACUUUGAGAUGCUGAAGUGGUUCAAAGCUUUCUACACAGAAAAUGUCAAAAGUGAGGAAUACGACCCCGUGAAAGCUCGGCGCAGCCAUGAUAUAACCCCUAUCGCGGCAUCUCCCCAAUCGCAAAAAAAAUCAUACACUAAAGAGAACGGCAAUGGAACAACCAAAACGAUAUACCCUUACACCGAAAAGUGGAAGGUUAUGUUUGAUUGGGCCGACCGCAGUACCGUCGGAGAGCAGUAUACCUACUGCCGCUCUUGCGAAAGGAACCUGAGCACGUUUCAUAAAGGCAUUUUCGAACUUAGGCGACACAUGGAAACAAACAAACACAAGAAAAGGUCUAAAAUGUCCAAGAGAGCCUGUGAGCCACUGCCCUGUAGCGACGCAGCUAUUCGCUUCAUUUACAAACACUGUUACACCGGCUCGGCAAAAGGUGAGCAGGUGUCAAGACAAUUCGCACGCUGUAAGCUGGGGUUGAAAUACCCCAAAGAUAUCACAUCUGUUUGCCAGCACACUCCUUACUGUCUAUAUGUUUACGGAGGGGUAACACUGGGAAACGAUGACACUGUCUCUGUGGUCCUUGUCGGGUUUUUUGAUGUCGAAGCCUCGCAGCACUGCAUCCGAUUUCUGGAUGCUCUUCAGUCAGUGGGUGGUGCAGGAGAUGAAACAGCAGCAGCGGUGGUGGAGACCUUGAAGAAAUUCGGGUUACCCACAGAUAAUCUUGUCGCUGUUUAUUCUGGCAGCAACGGUGCGGCCUCAGAGCAGAUCUGCUCGCAGCUCAGGGAACUGAAUCCGAACAUUGUAGCCUUAGGAGGGCUGUACACCAUGGCUGAUGCUGCUUGCCAUGCUGGCGUUAAGGAGCUCUCCAAUCAGGCUCAAGGAUUGAUGGCGGAUAUCCAUGCCUACUACUCCUCUUGCUCUACUAAGAACAACCACCUCAGGGCUCUUUUUGGCUCCGACGUCAGUGCGGACAGUCCAUCAUUUCAUCUCAGCACCAGCUGCCUUAAGUUCUGCCUGUUUGUCACAAAAAUCUUGGAAAUAUGGACAGAUCUCAUAUUGUACUUUAAGUCUUGUGACGAUGACAAAGCCAAGUUAAUCUGCUCCCAGCUGCAGGAUCCCAAAGUCAGGGCAACAUUUCUGUUCCUGGAGCAGUCCUUGAAGCCUCUGCACAUUUUCCAAACACAUCUGCAGACACAGGAGGGAGCUGGCCGAGCUGAUAUUCUGCUCAUCCUAGAAGAAGCCUGUUGCCUGCUGUGCACCUACACCUCCUACUCCCUGCAUCCUCAAGCUGCUGUUCGCCUGUUGAGCUCUGAACUCUGUCCGGGUGGGAAAGUUGUGGAGGACUUCCUGAAAGAGUCUGAGGCUACAGAUGCACUGCCCCUGUUAAAAGAACAAGUGUUGUCUUUCUACGUCGCACUCACACGUUGCAUUGCGAGCGAGCUGCCUCUCGGCGAGGGGGCACUAAAGAGCAUAGCUCAGCUGCUGAACCCCCAGAGCAGGCUAAAAGUGACAGGGAAGUCGGUAGGGGAGCUUGGGACCAAGCUGGGUAUCUGCAGCUCCCCUGAGGAGGUCAAUCAGCUCACAAGUGAAUUCCUUGAGUAUCAGCUGGCUGGGGAGGGAGAGGGUGAAGAUGGAAAGAAGGAAAACUCAACAGAGGUGUCACUGGAGAAACACUGGGCCACCGUACUGAAGGACACCAAGCAGACCUCAAACUUCAGAAAACUUGUUUUGACCCUGUUGUCUCUCCCCUGUCCUCCACUUGAGGCUCAGCAGGUUUUCACUCAGGCCCUGGAGAAAGAAGAUGCUGCUCUGUUCUCUGAAAGUGAAGCUUUCACUGAAAGCGAGUGUGACAUCACAUCCGAUGGCGCUCUCUCCGACAGCACCAGCAGAAAAGACUUCCAACUUCCAGCUGAAGGACAGCUGAAGAUUGACAGGAAAGGGGAAAGGGGGGAGAGAUGGGAUGACGUGCAGCAAAGGGCCACAGGUCAGUCUGUAUGUGUUGUCUCUCAGGGGACCAGUAGGGGAAGUUUUGGCUGGGAGAGCAGCUUGCGCCAGAAGCCACAGGCCCGAACAGUGUUUCAGGCUGGUGCUAACAACUGGUCCAAGCCCAUAGAUCUUGAUAAGGACAACAAAAAGGGUCCGGAGUCUCAAGUUGAGGUGACAGAAGAGACAUCACCGUCCAGUAAACCAUCACCAAGAGGACGACGGAAACAUGUCUAUCAGGAUGGGAAAGGGUUUCAGACCGGAGAACUUGUGUGGGGGAAAGUGAAGGGGUUCUCCUGGUGGCCUGGGAUGGUGAUGCCUUGGAAAACCAAGUCGUCCCCGCCGGGUAUGCGGAGGGUGGAGUGGUUCGGAGACGGGAUGUUCUCAGAGAUCUACACGGAGGGUCUUCAGGCUUUCAGUGCCUUCACCAAGUGCUUCUGCAAAAAUUCCUUCGCCAGCUUGCCCAUCUACAAGGAAGCCAUUUUCCAGAUUAUUGAGUUGGCAGGUGAGCGAUGUGGAAAGUCUUUCGCUGAGGCAAAAGAAAAUAAAGAAAAGGAGCUAAAGCUGAUGCUGGACUGGGCCUUUGAAGGAUUUCUACCUACAGGACCUGAAGGAUUUGUACCUCCUGAUGCUGCUGCACAUCAAGAUUCUUCUGACUCUUCUGCCCUGUCUGACUACCAGCCUCCAGCAAAAAGGAAAUAUGUUUUUAAAAAUAAGGCAGCUGCACUUACCCUUACCUAUAGCAGAGAAUCAAUUAGAGAAAAUGUCAAAGAGAAAGGCAAAACAAUUGAAGAUUUUUGUUUGUCUUGUGGAUCAUCUGAGCCUGAAGUCAGGCACCCGUUGUUUGAAGGUGGUCUUUGUCUAAAAUGCAAGGACAACUUCAUAGAGACGCUGUAUCGCUACGAUGAAGACGGCUACCAGUCGUAUUGCACCGUGUGCUGUGCCGGCUCAGAGGUCAUUUUGUGCGGCAACGCCAGCUGCUGCAGAUGUUUCUGUAAAGACUGCCUGGACAUCUUGGUGGGCCCGGGAACCUUUGACAAGCUGAAAGAUGUUGAUCCCUGGAGCUGCUACAUGUGUAACCCAUCACAGUGUGAUGGAAACCUCAAACUCAGACCGGACUGGAGGGUUAAAGUUCAAGACUUCUUUGUCAACAACAGUGCACUGGAGUUUGAGCCUCACAGAGUUUACCCGUCUAUCCCUGCUGAUCAGCGCAGACCGAUCAAGGUGCUCUCGCUCUUCGACGGCAUUGCAACAGGAUACCUGGUGCUCAAAGACCUGGGUUUAAAGAUGGAGCGCUACAUUGCUUCAGAGAUUUGUGAGGAUUCGAUCGCUGUGGGAAUGAUCAAGCACGAGGGAAAGAUCGAAUACGUCAAUGAUGUUCGUACCAUCACGAGGAAACAUCUGGCUGAAUGGGGUCCAUUUGAUCUUCUGAUUGGAGGCAGUCCGUGUAACGACCUGUCCAUGGUCAACCCUCUUCGAAAAGGAUUAUUUGAGGGCACUGGAAGGCUCUUCUUUGAGUUCUACCGCAUAUUGACCAUGCUGAAGCCGAAGGAGGACGACGACCGUCCGUUCUUCUGGUUGUUUGAGAAUGUGGUUUUCAUGAGUGCCAACGACAAAUCGGAUAUCUGCAGAUUCCUUGAGUGUAAUCCAAUUCUUAUCGAUGCAGUGAAAGUCAGUCCUGCUCACAGAGCGCGCUACUUUUGGGGAAACCUCCCUGGGAUGAACAGACCUCUGGCUACAGCUUUAGAUGACAAAGUGGAGCUCCAGGAUUGUUUGGAAGUCGGACGCAAAGCAAAGUUUGACAAAGUCCGCACCAUCACAACAAAGUCUAACUCUAUAAGACAGGGCAAAAUGGGGCCAUUACCUGUCCACAUGAAUGGAAAGGAGGACUACCUGUGGUGCACCGAAAUGGAACAGAUCUUUGGCUUCCCCAAACACUACACAGACGUGAACAACAUGGGUCGGAUGCAGAGGCAGAAAGUUCUGGGUCGGUCCUGGAGCGUCCCCGUUAUCCGUCACCUCUUCGCUCCGCUGAAGGAUUAUUUUGAAUGUGAAUAACGACUGUGAACCGAACAUUCGCUCUCAUAUCAGAGCAGCAGCGGUAAAAACCUCCUGCCUUAUCCUGCCCUGCGUCACUAGGUAGAUCAAACUCUGCUGUUUGGUAUUUAAUGUUUUAACUUUUAGAAAUGAAUCCUGCAAGUUCUCAGUCGUCCACUAUCACCAGCAGGCACCGACACUUUUCAGUUUUAAGGUUUAUUUCUUUCAGAUCUCUUUUGAUAAAUGAUGGUGCUGUUAUCAAACCAUACCGUCGUUCAGAACUUGAGCUAGAAUCACGAGCCGUUCUCAGACGGUUAGCCGGCUAUCUUUGGGCUUAACUCAGGUUUUUCCAGGAUCACAAAGCUGGUUUACUUUUAAUAAAUCACCAUGGUAACCUGCUGCAGGUCCACCGGACACGUAAUACUGAGUUUACAAUGAAGUGAUAAAAGUUGUAAUAGACAUUUUUAUACAUCAGUAGAAUUACAGCGAUAAGCCAAGUGACCCAAAGAGAGACUUUGAGUCACAGUUUUUUUUUAUCCUGUAUUUAAUGAAUGUAUUUUAUGUUAACU